CUUAUGACAAUGCCAUAUUCUUAUUCGCUGCCAAAUGUCUUCACGCAAAGAUCUCCCUCACAAGUCCCAGCUCAAGCGCUCCACCGGCCGUAUCCAGAAACGCUCCGUGUCCGACAGCCCGUCCAGCGACCACGCAAGAGCUCAUUCCAAGAACUCGACACUCCAGAUCUCGCUCAACGAUGAUCCGUUUGCGAUUGACGAUAGGGCGAACUCGUCUUGGACUCAGCAGCCCAUUGUAGAGUCACCGUUAGCCAGCGCGUCGCCAACGCCGAGCGCGAUUGCGUCUCCCUCUCUCCCCUCACCGCCCCCUCACCAACAUCAGCAACGGCAGCACCAGCGACAACCACACCACGCGCCCACGCUUCCCGCAUCGAUCCAGAGGAAGGUGUUCUCACCCAAGGUCUUUAGGUCCGCCAAGUCUGCGUCGAGCGUAGACGAGCGGCACGCGAAGAAGCAGCAGUCGGUCGAUGAAAGCAACAACGGGAGGGACAAGGAUGCGUCCGGGCAGCCAACACGUACACCGUCGAAAGUACGCUGGGAGCAAAUCCGCCAACACGUCAUCCCCGUCUCCGGCUCUGCUGCCCCACACCAAUCCACCUCCCAGUCCCCAUCCGCAUCCCCGUCCAUCUCCUCCACCGCCCUCCCGCCCGCUCUUACACCAGGUGGCGCCGUAGCUGCAGCUCCAAUCGCAGUCCCAGGUGGAUCCGCUAUCGCGGCCUCCGUCCUCACACCCAAUUGCGCACAUGCACCGAUACCGAAACCCUCCUCACGCCUCGCUGCGCGCUUCGGCUUCCGCCAGGUCGUCGAGCAGGUGCGCGAGGUGAGCGUUGACGACGCGCGGCGCUUCGCGGACGAGGUCCUGCGCGUGUGCUGGAGCGCGCACGCCUCGCUCUCCGGCUCCGGGCCGGCUUCCUAUGGCGUUCCCGCUGCUGUUGCAGGCGGGAGCGGCGCUGCAAGCGCGUAUGGGUACGGGUACAGCUGGUCUGCGACGUCGAGCAGCGCGACGCUGCCGAUGUCGAUGAUGCACCACACGGGCAAGUCGUCUGUGUCGCUCAUAUCUGGGCUCACCGGCGCCUCCUCUGGUGGCCAUGCUAAUGCCAAUGCCAACGCGGGUGUUUACGCGGACGGAGGGAUGUCAUCUGCCCCUGGACCGGCGCGGAGGCCGACGCUCGCGGGGACGCUGCACGAUAUUUUGCUGAGGUACGCGAAGAGACAUGUGACGGCGCUCCCGCAUGAGCCGCUGGUGCUUGCGUCGUUGCUGGGGCCGUUUCUCAUGGACGAUCCGAGUGAAAGUGCAGGUGCGGGUGCGGGUGCGGGCGCAGGUGUUGGGCUGAGCCUGGACGAGGACAGAUGGAGCGCCGCGGAGGCAUUCGAGCUGAUCGUUGAAACGUGGCGGGCUGUGACUCCCGAGCUUGAAAUCAGCCGCCUGCUCUGGACGCUCCGCGCAGCCACCCGUCCCACGCGCGAACGCACGCGUCUCCUCACCGUCCUCGACUCCCUAGCGCACCCGCGCGGGGGCGAGCUCGUGCUCUCUACCCCCGAGGCGUUUCUCUCACUCGCCCAGGGUCUGCUCCUGCUUCUCAUCGCGCUGCUGAGGCAGCCUGCGGCGCACUCCACCGGCGCGGGAGAUGGGUUUGGCGAUGGUGUCGCGCAGGCUGACGCGGUGCGCGGGCUUCUGAGGCAGCUGGCGAGCGGAGAGUGUGGGGCGCUUGAGGUGCCGGGGUGCGUGUUCAAGAGCGCGGAGGAGGGGAGGGUGGUGAGGGAGAUGUUGCUGGGCGAGGCGGUUGUGCGGGUUAUGGAAUGCAGUAAUGGCGAGGAGGGGGAGGUGAGGCGGUAUGUGAUGCGGUAUCUUGUUGAUGAAUAUUGGUGCCCGUUGCAGGAUACGACAACUCUACCGCCUGUGGCACAGUCGAGCAUUGCGCGCACGCUCGCCGCGUUCUCGUACGCCGCCCGGGCUCUCCUCGACUCCCCCUCUACCGUCACUUCCUCAAGCUCCACCUCCCUGCUGGCGAAAAAACUACCCGACGCCGAACGCAUCUUGCACGUCCUCAACACGCGCGCCGUCCCCCUCGUGCGGCUCGCAUCCGGGCCGCGCGCCGCAGACGCGCAGGGCGCGCUCGCGAAGCUCGUGUUGGCGCUCUUGUGCGCCGACUUUGACGGCGGCGGUCCUACCGAGGAAGGCGGAGGCGGGGCACAGGGGAAAUUGAUGGCCGUCGCAGCUGCCGACCUGCUGUCGCGCGCAUAUGGGGAGUGGAAGGUCGGCGUGGAGAGGGUUGUUGGGUCUCUCCUGGCGGAAGGCGCCUGGGACGCGAUCGUCAAGGUUCUGCGUGCGGUGAUGCGUCUCGAGACUGCCCAGCGCGUGCAGUUUUUUGGGCCGGCGCUGCCGUUGCUUAUUGAUCGCCUCGUCGCCGACCCCCCGCCGAUCCCGUUCCCAGCGCUUUCCUCCGUCCUCGCCGCGCUAUCGACCGCCCACCCGCAGCUACUGUUCAAGCCCCUAUUCACGCUCGCGCAGACCUCGUCCGACCCCUCUCUGCCGUCGUCAGCGGCGGUGACGGCGUUCUCCGGCAUGGGGCUCACCAUCGCUGCGCACCACCUCUGCGGCGUGGCCGCGCUCGCACGCGUGGUGCCGCGGUUCUGGACGAGAGACCCGGACAUGGUGCUCGUUGCGCUCGGCGGGUCAGAGAAGAAGGGUAAAGGGCUGUUGUGGGGACGGCCGAGGGUCGGGCAGGUGAUUAUUCUGCUAGAGCUGCUUGCGAGGGUGAAAGAGGUAAGAGAGGGGAUUUUGAGGCGUGCGAAGGAGGAGAGUGAGAAGGAGGGAGACUGGGGGAAGGGUGUGGGGAAUGGAAGUGGAGAUGAGGAGGAGGAGCUCAAUGCGUCGAUUCAGUUCUUCAGCGUGCUCGAGGCGAAGAUUGGGAUUAUACUCGAAGCGAGGACGCGUAAUGACGGCUCGGAUGGUGCGUUGGAGCGGUGGCCGGCGCUCCUGCAGCUGCUGCUCGCGAGCCUGUUGACGGAGAUCAGACUGUUGAAUCGAUCACUUAAGCGGUGUCAAUGGUACACUCCUGUAACUGAGUGGGUCCAGCAAGCCAGCACCAGCGCUAGCGCUGGCAAUAAUGCCACUGCCGACAAAGACGUGGAAGAAGGCUCAGAGACGGUGCGCGCUGAGAGUGUGGCCAAUGACGACGAGCUGUCAGAGGAGGAGUCAAUCCGGACGGCGCUACAGGACUUGCAGACGCUGUAUAAGACCGCGCAAGACAGCUGUCGGGCGACUCGGCAGCGUCGAAGCACGAUGUACUCCUAUUACCCGUCCAUGCUCGCGGCUUCCAAAUCCUCGGGCGAUCCGAACGGUGGCGACGGCAAGGUCGCCAUGAACGCACUUGUGGACGCGUUCGAGGAACGGUGCAGGCUCGUCGGGAGUCUGCAGACGAAUGCACAGGCGGCGCUUCUGCGUCUACUCGUGGUUGUGUCCGCGUCGCUGACUGUUGCUGACCAUGAGGCACUCGGGAGGACGCUGUGGGAGUGGGGCGUGGGGUGCGAGGAUUCUGGAGUGCACAUACCGGCGGCGUUCUUGUUGAUGUUGUGCAUUGAGAAGGCGCCAAUGAUUGUUCCGGAGGUUAUCAAGUAUCAGCUGCUCAGCAACGACGUCUCCUCCAAACUUGACUCUAUCCACAAAAUCAACACUCUCGUUAGCCUCCGCUUCCAGCUGCUGUCGCAACCUUUCCUCCCUGACCGGCAGUGGCGCCGUCCGUUCCGGCUCGCCCGCGAUCCGCUCAUAUUUGUGAUGACGGACAUCGGCUCGAGUCAGUAUGUCCGUGAGGAGAACGAGGACGAUAACGAGGACGGAUUGCCCUUUGAGUUGCGUCGCCGCCUGUCAGAAGUGGGGUGGAUGGACGACGACAAGCCGGCGGACCACAAGCGCGACUGGGUGCUGACGCCGCUAACGCUCCUUCCGUCGCAUCUUGCAGAUCGAGGCGCAUCGUUGGCUGGGGCUGGGACGACUGGUGGUGGCCUAGUAACGAGCGGGAGUGGGACGCUGAGUGCGCCGCCGUCACCUACAUCGUCGCCUGCCAAAUCAAGGCCGAAUAGCGAUACCUCUGGAGAUGUUGCGGCAGUCGCGCUCGCACGCAACGUAUCUGAUCCGACGAAGCGAGGCGUGAAGCGUCGUGCGGUGUUCAUUCCCGCGCUGGCGGCUGUCCUCCCGCACCUCGCUGUUUUGACGCUCGACCCUGACCCAGGAGUUUCGAGCGAAGCCCGGCAAAGCAUCACCGAGCUUAUGCGCAACGAGCCCGGCCUGCUCUCGCGUCCCAUCUUCGACCUUCUCGCAGCAGGCGACUCCGCUCAGACAUUCCGCGUGCUCACUGCGCUCCUGCAUGUGCGCACACAUCUCCCGCAUGCGAUGGCACACGCGAUCUUCAACCACGUCACAGGCUACCUCAAGUACCUCGCGCGUGAAGCGGACGCUGCGGCUGCGCUCGGCCCGGAUGCCGGGCAGGCGCUCCGGGUGUUCGCAGCGAGCGUGGGUGUGCUCGCGCAGCUCGUGCCGCAGGUGAGCGAGCUCUCGAUCCGCGAGAUCCGUCGGGCCAAGGUGGACAUGUUUCUCCUCCCCACGGGCGCUUUGUGGUUCGGAGCCGGGGCACCUGCGAGCGCGUUGUUUCCGCGGAGGCCGCCGUAUACGGACGAUCCGGCGGAGAGCGUGCAGAGCGUUGGGGCGGUGACGAUGUUGCGGCUGGCACAGAACAUGUUCUUCCUUGCGCUUUUGAAGAGGCAUCCGCGCGAUGUGGGUGUCAUUCGGAAGGGCAUGUCACGCUUGUCACUCCCGCCGAUCGACUUUGAGGGGCCUGACCGGUACGGCGGGUUUGGCGCAUAUGCUCACGCUGCGAAGACGCUCGAGCUCAAAGACUUUGUGCCAAAGAGAUUGGCGAUACGACAAGCUAUGGCGAGGAAGAGCUCGGUCGUGCAUGGGAUGUCAGUUGCGCUCUCGAGGAGUUACUUGUUGCUCCUGUCGCAGAUUUUUAGAUCGAUGUCAAGACAUCUGAGCGACCGAGGGGAGUUGGCGGUGUUCAUCGAUGGUAUCAACAGGAUCUUGCUUGCUCAUGGGGACGAUACGGGAAUCGUGGUGCAGUCAAUGAUAGCGCUUAUGAUUGCUAGCACGCGGUUUCGUCGACUGUUCAUCACUGGAGGUGGUUAUCCGUUGUUCAUGCCCGCGGUCAUUAAGGUAUACGCCGAACAGGAGUCGCACCCGGGUAUCCGCCAGGCCAUCGAAUACGCUGUCAACCGGUUCUUCGCUCUUCAUCAGGAUGCAUUCAUUUUUCAGACGCUCGACGUUAUGACGCAUGUCAACCUCGCCUUCGGGAGUGGCGAUGAUUGGCUGACGAAGCAUAUCUUCACCCUACUCUCGUCCUUGCGUGAAGAUAUCACUCGUGUACCUGACAUCGUCGGCAUACGAGACGUGAACAAGACACAAGAGCGGGAAGCGCUGCUGGUUGCUACUGCAGAGGAUAAGCCUCAGACAUUCUUUGCAGCGAUACGCAGGGAAAAGUCAUCGGAGGGACCAACUCAAGGCCAGGCUCGGAACAAGAUCAUCGUAGAUCUGCCAGAAGAAUACGCAACGAAGAUCUUGGACACGGACAACCUUGUUAGGCUACUGCUCACUGUGAUCGCGCAUGAUCCUGCUAUUCAGCGUGCCCAACAGCUACUCAGGUUCAUGCGUCACACUGUAUCGCCCAUUUACGAGACAUCCAAGACUGCGCGAUCUGUCUUACGCGACGGCAUUGAUGCCCUUGGCACCAUUCUUCUACGCGGACCAGGCAAACCAAAAACUGCAGUGGACCCUUCUGGUGGGGCGCCUGUGACCGCCGACGAGUUGGGCGAUGGAGAAAGCAGUCUUACAGAAACCCUUCAGAGGAAGUCGAAGGCGCCCAGUGACUUCAUGGCGAUGCGUGUCGAGUACCUCUUCCUAUCGGUAGAGUUUCUUCGUGCAGGUGGGCACUACAGCAUUGGGACCACGCAGAAGAUUCUCGACGUUGUCAAACUCCUAUUGCGCGAUGCGGCCCAUCUCAGUCACUACGUUGCCACCUUUCUCGGAGAUUUGUCCGUGUUGUCCCUGCAGUCCGCGGACCGAGCCAAGGAUACAAUCAACUUUCUGCGCGACCUCGCCCCGAUCGUUAGCGCCUAUGCGUCUGCAUUGGACUUCUCCGCCGUGUACAAGGCCAUAACUGAUAUGCCCUGGGCAUCUCUCAGCCAGGAGCGAGGUAUUGCGAACCUAGUCGUCACUCAAAUCAUCCGAGCUGCACUCAGCGCUACCGAGGACAUGCCAAUUUCGCUAGGAACAGACGUGGGCCGCUCACCGCUUGUUGGGCUGCUCGUUCGCUCGCUCUCAUACCAUGGCAACAUAGUCAUGGAUGAGAUCGUGCGCAACAAGCCUACCUUCAAGUAUUUGAUCUCCGUAGUGUUCCCCUUCGCAAUCAGUCUUCAAACGACAUCGUGGUUGAUGCAACAAGAACACCAUAUCGAGAGCUGGCGCUUAGAUAAUCAUCGAAAGGCGUGGGUGCAGUUGCUGACAUAUGUCAUGACGGCUUGUCAAGGAGCGUCGGCCGCAGAUGGCAGACGGACAGUAGCACCCUCUGACCAGCCUAGAGGGUCUAUCAAGCGGCGACCUGGGAAUCCUCGGGACACUGCGAUGACCAUUGCUGCCGCACUACAGGUUCUCAAGGUCGUCGUCAUUCGAGGGCAGGACGAUUUGGCUCGAAUCUCAGGCAUCUGGAUUCGUGUAUCGAAUUUCGUCCACGCACUCAUCCGAGAGGGGGAUGCACGAUUCGCAAGCAGCGGCUCGACUUCUGUACCCCCAUCGCCCACGCACUCGCCUCGUAAUAGCUUCUCCGACCAUUCUCCGCCCCUUUUGCCCUUGAGACGAGGCGAUAGCAUCAAAGCCUCAUCACCGCGCGCCGUGGAUUACGUCAUGUGGUCGUUCCUCGAGCUACUAUGCCGCUGCCGUCACCCUAUAGCGUUGCAGAUGAAGCUCCUCAUGCAAGAAAAGACGCUACAGCUGAACCACCAAAUUCGUGCCACGCACGGAGCUGUGGUUCCUUCCGACAGUCGCCGCGCGUCUAUGACCAUCUUCUCGAAACCGCGGCACCGAGUAAGCAACGCCUCAUUUGGACAGCUCUCUCCGCGCUCUUCCGCUUUCCCCACUUCAGCGAGCAACCUGUCUCUUCACCCUCACAAUGUCCGAAUGGAACGAGGUCGACUAUCUGAAGCGCACUCUUAUGCUUCGCUGGGCGGUGAACGCAUCGUGCACCUCGGGCCAGGCCAUCAACUUGCUCCGGAGCCUCUCCAACGCGCCACUAGCGUAGAAAGGAGCGCUUCCGUACUUGCGAGCGGGACCAAAGUCCGCGCGCCGCCGCUCGUGCGUGCGACGUACCGGCGGAUUCGACUUGUGCAGAUGCAUCACGGAUACACGCCACUGCUGGCAUAUCCGCUGGACUUGCUCGAUCUCGCAACUGGAGAAGAGGAGUCACCUCGUUCGUGGGCGCUUCAUGAGGCGAUGGAUGCGAUGAUCAAAGAAACAAAGGAACUUGUGAUGGAGUUUGCGAAUAUUGGAGGGGAGGUGGAUGAGGAUGUGGUGGUGGUAACUAGGACUGCUAACGAUUCCAUUGCUUUUGACGAAUAAGAUGUCCCCACUUAUCAUGUCGGUGUUUCUGCGUUGUAUCUAGUGUAAAUGCUUUGCCAUAAUCGGUAACUUUAACUGCCACAUGUAAUGUAUGUAGCAUACUACGAACCUCGAUUGCUAGCACGUG